UGCCUGUAAUAGAGGAUGGGGCCAACACCUGGGGUCGAAGGGCUCUCCUGGGAUUGGGGAUGGGGAAUCGUGCCUGAGAUCCGAGGAACGCGCCUGGGCAAAUGGGCGGAGGGGGCGGCAGAGUUGGGGAUCGCGCCUGGGGUCAGGGCCCUCGGGCGCUCAGGGUCCGACCCCUGCUCACGAGUCCCCAGGCCGCCCGCCGGCGGCGGUGGCAGCAGAAGCGACCCCAACGCUGUUUGUCUUUUUAGGUAUCUAAAGGAGUUUAGGACAGAGCAGUGCUCCCUGUUUGUGCAGCACAAGUGCACCCAGCACAGGCCAUUUACCUGUUUCCAUUGGCAUUUCCUAAAUCAGCGUCGGCGUAGACCGCUUCGCAGGCGCGACGGCACAUUUAACUACAGCCCGGACGUGUACUGCUCCAAGUACGACGAGGCCAGCGGCGUGUGCCCUGACGGCGACGAGUGUCCAUAUCUGCACCGGACAACUGGGGACACAGAGCGCAAGUACCACCUGCGUUACUACAAGACGGGCACGUGCAUCCACGAGACAGAUGCCCGGGGCCACUGCGUAAAGAACGGGCUGCACUGUGCUUUCGCUCACGGCCCCCUGGACCUGCGGCCGCCGGUGUGUGACAUCAGGGAGCUGCAGGCCCAGGAAGCCCUGCAGAAUGGCCAGCUCGGCGGCGGGGAUGGCAUCCCUGAUCUGCAGCCUGGGGUCUUGGCCAGCCAGGCCAUGAUGGAGAAGAUCCUGGGUGAGGACCCCCGGUGGCAAGACACCAACUUCGUGCUGGGCAGCUACAAGACUGAGCAGUGCCCCAAGCCCCCACGCCUGUGCCGCCAGGGCUACGCGUGCCCGCACUUCCACAACAGCCGGGACCGACGGCGGAAUCCCCGGAGGUUCCAGUACAGGUCCACCCCCUGCCCCAGCGUGAAGCACGGCGACGAGUGGGGCGAGCCCUCCAGGUGCGAGAGUGGGGACAGCUGUCAGUACUGCCACUCGCGCACGGAGCAGCAGUUCCACCCUGAGAUCUACAAAUCAACCAAGUGCAACGACAUGCGUCAGACCGGGUACUGCCCUCGGGGCCCUUUCUGUGCCUUUGCACAUGUGGAAAAGAGCCUUGGAACCGCAAGUGACUGGGGCUGUCGAGACCUCGCCUCCGCCAGCAGCUCCACGGCCCCCAGCGGGCAGCUCGGACACGCAAAGCGGAGGGAUUCACCGGCUGAAGGCAGCCAGAAAGCCAGUGAGCAGGACAGUAAGCAGAGCCACCUGGCGGUGUUGGCCGUGGUUCACCCGCUCGCCCCCAGCGUGAGUUCCAGUGUGGCAUCCAGCCUGGCAUCCAGCACUGGCUCAGGCGGCUCCUCGCCCACCACUCUGCCCGCCCUCUCGGCCCGUUCCCACCUGCUCGACCCCACUGGCAGUGCUGUCGAGGCAGUCCCAGGAUCUGCCCUAGACCUUCACCUUGGUGACAUAAACCUUGCACCCCUUGAUAAGGAGCUGGAAGAGCAUGACGGUGGUGACCUUGGACCAACAGGUCAGAGGUCACUAGGGGGCUCGGCGCCUGUGGCCAUCCCGGGCUGUCUGCCCCGCUCCCCGUCCCUGCAUUCCUCGUCAUCCUUGUCUGCCUCCCCACUUGGCUCCUUCUCCCAGUCUCUGUCGGGGCCGCUCGUCUCCUCGGCCAUGACGCCCCCCCAGCAGCCGCCACCCCUCAAGUCGGAGCCCAGAGUGCUGGGGCCCUCAGGCGGCUCCUACAACUCCUUUGGCUUGAAUGGCGUCCCCGGCAGCAUCUGGGACUUUGUUUCUGGAAGCUUCUCUCCCAGCCCAUCCCCCAUCCUGAACACUGGCCCUGCAUCCUCUUCAGGCGCCAGUCCAAACAGUGCCGAGCUGGCCCGGGUCCGGCGGCAGCUGGACGAGGCCAAGAGGAAGAUCAGGCAGUGGGAGGAGUCCUGGCAGCAGGUGAAGCAGGCCUGUGACGCGUGGCAGCGGGAGGCCAAGGAGGCCAAGGAGCGGGCGCUCGCGGCUGACAGCGCCCGGCAGCUGGCACUACAGAAGAAGGAGGAGGUGGAAGCCCAGUUCCAGCGGUUGCAGGAGGAGCUGGAGGGCCGGGGCUUGUCCUCCGUGCUUCCCGGCCUAUGUGGCUGCACUGACAUUGGCACCAUCCCCCUGCCAAAGUUGCAUUCGCUGCAGAGUCAGCUGCGCCUGGAUUUGGAAGCAGUUGAUGGAGUGAUCUUCCAGCUCCGAGCGAAGCAGUGCGUGGUGUGCGGGGAGCGGGCCCGCGGCACCGUCCUGCGGCCCUGCCAGCACCGUGUGCUCUGUGAGCCGUGCGCAGCCGGCGCACCCGAGUGCCCCUGCUGUACAGGCCAGCCCCUGCCAUGGUGACAGCCGCCUCGCUGCCCACAUCCUAGUGCCACCGAUGUCGGGACCCUGGCCCUGGGCAGCCCCUCCACGGUCUUGCACUGUCCUCGCAAACCCUGAUGGCCCCUUGGGGCUUGGCGGGCCUGACACUACUGUGACCGGAUCCUGGGAAUUCAGUCCCGUGAAGCACUUUGUAGAUCAAGGAAUUGAGAGGCAGAUGUUCUGAGUUGCUAUAAGCUGCUUUUAGGUUCAUGUUUUUAAUAUGCGAUAAUAUGAAGCUUUAUAUGUGUACUGUGAACAGAGUAUUUCAUAUCAGUCUAUUGUUAAUCCAUAGUACGUAAAUAUAUUGUUUCAUAUUCUGAAAUUAGUACUUAUGAAGUGAGCAUUUAUCUAGUAGUGAGAAAUUCCUAGGAUUUUUACAGUUUUAAAAUUAAGUGCAAACCAAUAGUAUUUAUAGCAGAGUGAUUAUUGAAAGGCACGUAUACAUUUAGAUGUUUCUAAUUUUAUGGAAGGAACUCACUUCCGGAACACGUGCACGUUAACGUAAACUGGAGCGUCAUGGUGAUAGCGCCACGCCCCUCAGUCCUCGCUCAAGUGCCUGUGCCCCGGGCCACGGAGAAGCCGCUGGACUGUUGGCAGUGACAGUGAGAAUGGCAGCAGGGGUCCAUCGGGGAGGGCUUUAUGCUAAUAUCACACAGCCGUGUUCUGAGCACUGUGACGGGCAGCGCUGCUCCCCACUUCCCAGAACCUCGCCCACGGUCACCCCACCCGCGUGGGAGACACCCACCAGCCUCCAGGGUGACCCUGUCGCCGGACCUCCUCAUCCAGGUGUCAUCACUUGUGUGAUCACAGGUUGGGGAGGACCUGGCUGCUGAGAAGGGGUGGAAAGGCUGCUGGGUAUGGGUUGGAGUUCAGUGACGACUUCAAACUUUUCUGUCUGCAUUGGGUCACUUUUCCUGGGAAUCUGGGAGGAAGUAAAAGAUGUCUGUAGUUGACCCGGACUCUGCUCUCAGCGAGGCAGAUCUAUAUUGGCACGAGAAUCUUCCCAGAGCCUACGGCUGGGCCGGAGCAGGGACGGGAUGCACCCUCCUCCCGUACGCCCGGGGCUGUGCCAAAGACUUUCUAUAGCAUUUUUUAAAAGUGCAAAGCGACUAGGUAAAAAUUUUUAUCAGUGACCAAAUUAGAAUGUAUUUACUAUAGUGAGAGGUUUAAAACCUUUUUUAACAUAAGACAAACUGAUAGGAAAGUUCUGUCAUUUAAAGGUGGAUCCACAGCCCUGCGCAGCCCACCCGCUGCUAACGGUAACUAUGACUCAGUUGUAGUGAAUCUACUUUGUUUUUAAUUAUAGUGAUGAUGAUUUAUUAGCUCUUAGAAAUUAAGUAUAUUUUGUGCUACUGUUAUCACUGUUUAAAAUUCUUUAUUUUUAUUAAUAUUUAUGCACUUGUUUCCCAUCUCAGGCCUUCGGUCUCUUUUGGGCUAACAGGACAAUGUUUAUCAUUGACAUCUAGGCUAGGCUAGACAUUUUCAAAUUAUAAACAAGAACAAUUAAGCUUUAGGUGUAUUUAUAAGCUACUCUGGGCAGUUCUUUCUGUGGAGUUUGGGGGAUGGGAGGUGCAGUGCUCACAGGGGUUCUCUGGCUGGGGCUGGAGACACAUCCCCUGGGCACUCGCUCCUCCCCGAUUGGGGCUGGCUGUGAGGACCGGUGUGCAGCCGGAAGACCAAAGAACCACCUGGGGGUGCCUGGGCCAUACCUGCAGCAAUCUCCCAUGGUCCUUCCCACCUCUGCCACCUGGCUGCAGUGGGCCUGGUCGUCUGAGGUAUCCACCCUGUGCAGGCGGCGUCUCAGGGUGUCACCGUCUUGCACGCGGGGAGGGCCGGGUGUAGCGGACGCAGCCGCGUGGUGCUCGGUGAGGCCAUUGUUCUUGCUGCCCUGAUCUGUCAGCCCCCGGGUGUUCAGUAUUAGUGGUGAUGUUACAGUCUCACACCAUUUGUGUAACUGGACAGCAGACCUCGACUCAGUGUAGAAGCCUCAUGAGGGUUAAUAUUUAUGGAAGCCCCCAGCUGUUGUAUGUUUUGAGUAUUUAGAUGAGAAUGUUAUUGGAAUGGAAUUUUCUUAAUCCAGAAGGUAGUAUUUAUAAUGCAUAAUCAUUGUAGUGAAUUGUUUAAAGUUGUUAACACUUAUUUCAAUUUUUUUACACUAUAGCAUUUAUGCAAUGGUUUACAGAAUUCAUGGAAUUAUUUUUAUCAGUAUGAAAAUUAAUUAAAACUUGGAAUCUUU